UCAAGGGUUUUGUAUCUGAGGCCCAAAAGUUUUUUUUACCCAAGAUGAUGAAUGCUGACAUGGAUGCUGUUGAUGCUGAAAAUCAGGUGGAACUAGAGGAAAAAACACAGCUUAUUAAUCAAUUGUUGGAAUUCGAAUACACACUUGAAGAUCUCUCAGCAAGAGUAGAUGCAGUUAAGCAAGAAAAUCUGAAGCUAAAAUCAGAAAACCAAGUUUGUGGACAAUAUAUAGAAAACCUCUCAUCAGCUUCUAGUAUUUUUCAAACAACUGACACAAAAAGCAAAAGAAAGUAA